GGGAGGGGCCUGGCGGCUGGAGGGACACGUGUGCCGGGAGGGAAGCAGGAAGUGACUUCGGGAGAGGAGCCGGCCGAGCCAGCGGCAGCGGGGCUGAUGGAAGUGGAGUGGGGGCUUGAGAGGGCACCGUACUGGAUCCAGCAUGCUCCAAGGCCACAACUCUGUGCUCCAGGCGUUGCUGGGGACCUUCUUCACCUGGGGGCUGACGGCAGCUGGGGCAGCUCUCGUGUUCAUAUUCUCUAGCGGACAGAGGCGGAUCUUGGAUGGAAGUCUUGGCUUUGCUGCAGGGGUCAUGUUAGCGGCUUCUUACUGGUCUCUCCUGGCCCCGGCAGUGGAGAUGGCCACAUCCUCUGGGGGUUUUGGUGCCUUUGCCUUCUUCCCUGUGGCCAUCGGCUUCACUCUUGGAGCUGCGUUUGUCUACCUGGCUGACCUCCUGAUGCCUCACCUGGUGAGGACACACGGGGACACACGGACACAGUCUAUGAACAAGAAACCAGACCCUGAUUCUUCCAGCGCUUUGAUGUGGGACUUCCCAGCCUCCAGAACUGGUGCCGCAGAAGACCCCCCAACGGCCCUGGCACUGAACUUCGCCCCUGCGUUGAUGAAGAAGUCUGACGCUGAGGGUCCCAGGCUGCUCUUCCCCGAGAGUGAACUUUCCAUCCGGAUAGGUAGAGCUGGGCUUCUUUCAGACAAGAGUGAGAACGGGGAGGCCUAUCAGCGGAAGAAGGCGGUGGCCGCGGGUCUUCCCGAGGGCCCUGCUGUCCCGCCGCCUCCUCGAGGGAACCUGGCGCAGCCCCUUGGCGGCAGCUGGAGGAGGAUCGCGCUGCUCAUCUUGGCCAUCACCAUACACAACAUUCCAGAGGGUCUUGCUGUUGGCGUCGGAUUUGGGGCUGUGGAAAAGACAGCAUCCGCCACCUUUGAGAGUGCCAGGAAUUUAGCCAUUGGAAUCGGGAUCCAGAAUUUCCCGGAGGGCCUCGCUGUCAGCCUCCCCCUGCGAGGGGCUGGCUUCUCCCCCUGGAGAGCCUUCUGGUACGGGCAGCUAAGUGGCAUGGUGGAGCCCCUGGCAGGGGUCUUUGGUGCCUUUGCCGUGGUGCUGGCUGAGCCCCUCCUGCCCUACGCCCUGGCCUUUGCUGCUGGCGCCAUGGUCUAUGUGGUCAUGGACGACAUCAUCCCCGAGGCUCAGAUCAGUGGUAAUGGGAAACUGGCAUCCUGGACCUCCAUCCUGGGAUUUGUGGUGAUGAUGUCACUCGAUGUCGGCCUGGGCUAGUGCUGAGAUGCCUCAGAGCCCAGGAAAAGCAGCACAAGGAAACUGCAGUGGCUGGCUUCUACGGGACCACACGCCUCUUCCUUUACAUUAAAACAUUUUUCCUUUCUCUCCUUUUCAUCUCAUUAUCCUGAUUGACUCUGAUCAUAACAUGACAAUUUUUACUUUUCUCUUGAGAGAGAUAAUAGUUUUAUUUAGAAUGUCAAGGUGUCACGGAACUACAGAUUUUUGUUUCUGGCCACUGAAUAGAAUCUUUCUUCGGCGGGAUUACCAAGGACACACAGAUCAGGGAAAUCUCUGCUUUCACACCCUCAGUCUCCCUCACUGGACUCUGUGGCAGCUUGUCAAGUUCACGUAGAGGAGCAAGCUGCUAAGAGAGAAGCUUCCAAGCAUUUUUUGCCUCGUGACUCAGAGCAGGAUGGUCAGGACCUCUCUCGUCCAUCCCUCCUGACCUCUCACCAUUGAUCAUCUACCCGUUAGACCAGAACUGGAACAUCAUGGACAGAGCAACCAACUUUCCAAGGUUCAGCCAGCCUAAGGAGGAAUAUGACUUCCUCCUGUGUCCCCCCCCACCCCCCCCGAGGGACGUGCUGGAUGGGAAGGGACACAGACAAAGGGAAGAAAAUCAGUUUGUCUUUUUCUUUCUUUUCUUUUCUCCGUUUUCAAGGCAAAGAUUGACACUAUUGAUGUUAAGGGAAUUAGGGAAUUCGGACAGCCACGAACACAGUGAACCCUGUAGAGGCAGAGAGCAGCUUUGCUCAGAGACCUCUGCUUUCUAUGGAUUCCAAGAGCAAAGUGGUUUGUCAUGGUUUCCAGAUCCCCUAGACAUUUUGUUUUCAAUACGUUUAUAGCCUCCAGUUUUCUAAGAGACUCGGGGACUCCAGCAGGUGGCUGGAGCCCAAACCCUCCUGGAGUUAUGGAGGGAGCCACUGAAGCUAACUUCAGUGAGAGAAAGACAUUUGUAAUCUGCAAUACGCCCUUCCCGGUUGACCAUUCCGUAACUUGUAACCUGACCCAGGAGUCUUAAACUGCCGCAGGCUUUGCUGGAGUGUGGCCAGAGAGCGCAGGAUGGGAAAGGGAAGAAGGGGUGGGAAGAAAAAGAGAGAUUUUCACGUCCCCCUUGUAAAGGAAAUCUUGGCCAAGUCACCAUUCUGAAAUGACCCUAAAGAAUGACUUAAAGUAGACCAGAGGCCAAUCUGCCCCUUCCUGCCGAGAGCUUCUUCUCCAAGAGGGGCCACACACUGUCUGCUUCAAACAGAGCUAAAGCCUGCCGUCCUUGUUGGUCAAAGGAGCAUGUGCGACCUUAAAUGGGCUCUGCCAACGUGGCCGGCAGCCUGGGAACCAGGUAUUCGGGCACUGUGUUGUCAAUGCCUGCCCUCUGAGUUUACAUGCUGAAUUGCUUCCAAGGGUGAAGAGCCUGCUCUGUGAAUGCUCUGAGACCCCGAAGGCCAACCUCAUGCUGGGUCUAUGUAUGUUCUUCUGAAGCACUGAUGAUCAAAAUUGAAGAUACAUUCAGAGGGUUUUGAUUGGUUGAAAUUAAUUGGUUUGGUGGUUGGUGUAUGUGUAUUUUUUGAUGUCUUUGUAUGUAGUUCUGCAUAAUGCAAACUCUCUGAUGGACAAGACCUCAUAACUGUGAUUAAUAUCAAUAAAGGGGAUAUUGUUGUGGA